CCCAGCGCCGGCAAUUCCUGGUAAUUCGCUACGAAGCCGCCACAUCUGUCGCAGGCACAUGUGCCGGAUAAGCAACCCCGCAAAACGCGCUGGUUGCUCCAGCAGGCCCCCCCCCAAAAAAUGUACAGCCGAGGAGCUACAACACAGCACGUAGUCGUAGCUCUUAAGACAAGAUCCCGCGGCGACGGCGGCGAAAGUUGUAUGAAUGGCAAAUCACAUAUAGGCUCUGGGCUGCAGAUCAGUAGUCUGGCUUCCCGUGUACUCGUCCACCCGCAAGCUCGGUAUUUUGUCGUCGCCUGCGCGUCUUGUCUGGGCUCCUGGCCUUUUUCAUCGACUUAAGCGCAUUGCCACUUACCCGAGCUUAAACCGCUUGAGAUCUACUUCAUAUCCUUAACCUCGCCGCAUAUUCCUCCCUCUUCCAUACAAUCUCAUACCAUCCAAUCCUCAAUUUCCUGUUCACAUCCCACCCACAUCGUCAAACAUGGUCAACAAGAAGGGUACGGAGCCGUGCUACGUGCUCGGCGUGGGCAUGACCAAGUUCAUCAAGCCCCGCGGCAAGGUCGACUAUACCGAGCUGGGUUUCGAGGCGGGUAUCAAGGCCAUGCUUGAUGCAAAGAUUAACUACGACGACGUGGACCAAGGCAUCGCUUGCUACUGCUAUGGCGACUCGACGUGCGGCCAGCGUGUCUUCUAUCAGUUCGGCAUGACCCAGAUCCCCAUCUACAAUGUGAACAACAACUGCUCAACCGGUUCGACCGGUCUCUAUAUGGGCCGCAACAUGAUUUCGCACGGCGCAGCUGACUGUGUGCUCGUCAUUGGCUUCGAGAAGAUGUUCCCAGGUUCUCUCCAGACCUUCUUCCAGGACCGAACAAAUCCAACUCUGACCACCAACCUCAUCAUGAAGGAGACUCGUGGCGUAACAAACGCCCCAGGUGCCGCUCAGCUGUUCGGAAACGCCGGCCGCGAGUACAUGGAAAAGUACGGUGCUAAGCUCGAGGAUUUCGCCGAGAUUGGCCGCCUCAACCACGCACACAGCAAAAACAACCCAUACUCCCAGUUCCAGGAUCAGUACACACUUGAGCAGAUCAUGAAGUCGCCCAUGAUCCACGCUCCUCUGACCAAGCUGCAGUGCUGCCCAACCUCGGACGGCGGUGCCGCUGCCGUGCUCGUCUCCCAGAAGUUCUUGGACGAGCGACCACACCUCAAGAGCCAGGCCAUUCUGAUCGCAGGCCAGUGCCUCGCCACCGACUCUCCCAACCUGUUCAACAAGUCGUCCAUCGAGCUUGUCGGCUACUCCAUGAGCAAGAAGGCUGCCAAGGUUGCCCUCGAGGAGGCCAACGUCAAGCCAAAGGACGUCAAGGUCGUCGAACUUCACGACUGCUUCUCCGCAAACGAAAUGGUCACCAUCGACGCUCUCGGCAUCUCCGACCCAGGCAAGGCCCACGAGCUUGUCCGCGCCGGCGGCAUCACCUACGGCGGUCAAUGCGUCAUCAACCCAUCCGGCGGUCUCAUCUCCAAGGGUCACCCACUCGGUGCCACCGGUCUCGCCCAGUGUGCCGAGCUCGUCUGGCACCUGCGUGGCUGGGCCAACAACCGCGCCAUGCCCAACACCGACGCCGCUCUGCAGCACAACCUGGGCCUCGGCGGUGCCGUCGUCUGCACCGUCUACAAGCGCCCCGACGGCCGCGUCGCCCCCGUCGUCAGCGACGCAGAGGUCGCCAAGAUCACCGGCCUCGGCUACAACCCGGCCACCCAGGCCAAGGGCUUCACCAAGGCACAGGCUGACUCUGUCCGGAGUAAGAAGGCUCGCAGCGACUGGGCUCUGCAGGACACCGAGGUCAAGGUCGAGUCGAGGUUCUAGACGGGAGGAUCAAAAAUUUUGGCUGUCGUCGUUCGGUUUUGUCUUUUUCAGCACAACCACUCCCCCCCAAGCCAUCUUUUGUGUGUAUGUAAAUCGAAGCAUCCGGGCACUUACUCACGCAAACGUGACUGUAAAAUUCAACCGUUUCCUACACA